AAGGCAGCGGAAAGAAGAAAUAUGAAUACGGCUCCAUCAAGACCCAGCCCCACACGAAGAGAUCCAUAUGGCUUUGGAGAUGGUCGAGAUACAAGACGUGAUCGAUCCCCAAUUCGAGGAAGUCCAAGGAGAGAGCCCAGGGAUGGCAGAAAUGGCCGGGAUGCCCGGGAUAGCAGAGCCAUUCGAGACCCCCGAGACUUGCGGGACCACAGAGAUAGCAGAGACAUUCGGGAUCACAGAGACAGCAGAAGUAUGCGUGAUGCUCGGGACAUGAGGGACCUUAGAGACUUUCGUGAUCUAAGAGACUCUAGGGAUUUUCGGGAUCACCGGGACCCCAUGUAUGACAGAUACAGAGAUAUGAGAGACUCCCGAGAGCCCAUGUACAGGAGAGAAAGCUCUUAUGACCGAUACCUGCGAAUGGAUGACUAUUGCAGGAGGAAGGACGACCCUUACUUUGACCGUUACAGAGAUAGCUUUGAUGGACGAGGCCCUCCAGGCCCAGAAAGUCAGUCUCGUGCAAAAGAACGUUUGAAACGUGAGGAACGGCGUAGAGAAGAGCUUUAUCGUCAGUAUUUUGAGGAAAUCCAGAGACGCUUUGAUGCUGAGAGGCCUGUUGAUUGUUCUGUGAUUGUGGUCAACAAGCAGACUAAAGAUUAUGCUGAAUCUGUGGGGCGGAAGGUACGAGACCUAGGCAUGGUAGUGGACUUGAUCUUCCUCAACACAGAGGUGUCACUGUCACAAGCCUUGGAGGAUGUUAGCAGGGGAGGGUCUCCUUUUGCUAUUGUCAUCACCCAGCAACACCAGAUUCACCGCUCGUGCACAGUCAACAUCAUGUUCGGAACCCCACAAGAGCAUCGCAACAUGCCCCAGGCAGACGCCAUGGUGCUGGUAGCCAGAAAUUAUGAGCGCUAUAAGAAUGAGUGCCGGGAGAAGGAGCGAGAGGAGAUUGCCAGACAGGCAGCCAAGAUGGCAGAUGAAGCCAUCCUGCAGGAAAGGGAGCGCGGAGGCCCCGAGGAAGGAGUGCGCGGGGGGCACCCUCCAGCCAUCCAAAGCCUCAUCAACCUACUGGCAGACAACAGGUACCUCACUGCCGAGGAGACUGACAAGAUCAUCAACUAUCUGCGAGAGCGGAAGGAGCGCCUUAUGAGGAGCAGCACCGACUCUCUGCCUGGCCCGAUUUCCCGCCAACCACUCGGGGCGACCUCGGGUGCCUCGCUGAAGACACAGCCAAGCUCCCAACCGCUCCAGAGCGGCCAAGUGCUCCCCUCUGCUACACCCACUCCAGCUGCACCCCCCACCUCCCAGCAAGAGCUUCAGGCCAAAAUCCUCAGCCUCUUCAAUAGUGGCACGGUUGUGGCCAAUAGCAGCUCUGCAUCCCCUUCAGUCGCUGCCGGAAACACCCAGAACCAGAAUUUUUCCACGGCAGCAAACAGCCAGCCUCAGCAAAGAUCACAGGCCUCUGGCAAUCAGCCUCCAAACAUUUUGGGACAGGCGGGAUCUGCUCGGAACAUGGGCCCCAGGCCUGGGGCUCCUUCCCAAGGGCUCUUUGGCCAGCCUUCCAGUCGCCUGGCACCUGCUAGCAACAUGGCUAGCCAGAGGCCCGUGUCUUCCACAGGUAUCAACUUUGACAAUCCAAGUGUACAGAAGGCUCUGGACACCCUGAUCCAGAGUGGCCCUGCUCUCUCCCACCUGGUUAGCCAAACUACAGCACAGGUGGGGCGGCCCCCGGCCCCAUUGGGAUCCUACCAGAGGCAUUACUGA